UCCUGACUACGCAAGGAGAUUUAGAGCUAAUAUAUUGGGAUAAUGAGAAGGACGAUUGGGAGGUCCGGUGGAAAGCUUUGAAGACUGAGUGCCAUGUUUAUGGUAAGUGUGGUGCAUUUGGAAGCUGUGAUUCACGGAAUUCACCAAUUUGCAGCUGUUUACGGGGGUUUGAGCCAAAUAACACAAUAGAAUGGAGUAGAGGAAAUUGGGCUAGUGGAUGUGUGAGGAGGACGCCCCUGCAGCGUGGGAGGGUGAACAGUACUGGUGGUGAAGCCAGCAAAAUGGAUGGGCUUUUGAAACAGAAGAUGAUAAAGGUGCCAGACUUUGCAGAUUGGUCAGCUGCUCAUGAAGAUGAUUGCAGGCAGCAGUGUUUACAGAAUUGUUCCUGUAUAGCUUAUGCAUAUGAUGUUGGCACGGGGUGUAUGCCAUGGACUAGAAGCUUGAUUGACACACUCCAAUUCUCCAGCGGUGGAGUUGAUCUUUACAUUCGUGUUGCCUCUUCAGAACUUGAUAAAGAGGGAGAUGUGAAAAAAAUUAUCGCAAUCACAGUGGUAAUAGGAACAGUUUCCAUUUCAAUCUGCACUUUAAUAUUGUGGAGGUGGAUAGCUAAACAUAAAGCAAUGAAAAAGAAAGCAAAGGGAAUCUUGUUGUUCAACAGAGAGGAAGCACACAAAAAAUCCCCCAGUGAAAACAUGCCUGGAGACAACCUGAACCAAGUUCAGGUCCAGGAGCUACCGUUAUUCAAUUUUGAGAAGCUGACGAGUGCAACAAACAACUUCCAUCAAUCUAACAAGCUUGGGCAGGGUGGUUUUGGUCCCGUAUACAGGGGAAAAUUGUCAGAUGGACAAGAGGUUGCAGUGAAAAGACUCUCCAAAACUUCAGGACAAGGGUUAGAAGAAUUUAUGAAUGAGAUGGUAGUAAUUUCUAAACUCCAACAUCAGAAUCUUGUUAGGCUCCUUGGCUGCUGUGUCGAAGGAGAAGAGAGGAUGUUGAUAUAUGAAUACAUGCCAAACAAAAGUCUAGAUGCAUUCCUCUUCGAUCCACACAAAGAAAGAUUGCUAGAUUGGAGAAGACGCUUCAACAUUAUUGAAGGAAUUGGUCGAGGUCUACUCUACCUUCAUAGGGAUUCGAGAUUAAGGAUUAUUCAUAGAGAUCUAAAGGCAAGUAACAUCUUGUUGGACAAAGAGCUAAAUCCAAAAAUAUCAGAUUUUUGUAUGGCUCGGAUUUUUGGAGGUAAUGAAGACCAGGCCAAUACUAAUAGGGUCGUCAAAACUUAUGGCUAUAUGUCUCCUGAAUAUGCAAUGGAAGGGCGAUUUUCAGAGAAAUCAGAUGUUUUCAGUUUUGGGGUUUUGUUACUAGAGAUAUUUAGUGGAAGAAGAAACUAUAGCUUUAAUAAGGAUGAGCAGUCCCUAAGCCUUUUAGGAUUUGCAUGGAAAUUGUGGAAUGCAAACAACAUUAUGGCCUUAAUCGACCCAAUGAUAUCUGAACCAUGCUUUGAAAUGGAGAUUUUGAGAUGCAUACAUGUCGGCUUGUUAUGUGUGCAAGAUUUUGCCAAAGAUAGGCCGAAUGUUUCUGUUGUUAUCUCCAUGCUUAAAAGUGAGAUUGUUGAUCUUCCUCAUCCAAAGCAGCCUGCAUUUACUGAAAGGAAGAUUGCCUUAGAUAAUCAUCUCCUGAAAUCCAAAUAUCACCAAGAUUGAAGAAAUCAACUGCUGCAAUCUGGAAGGGAAUUCAAUUCCAUUGCUUAACAAGGGUCAAAUACCAAUCCCAGAAAUUAGCCAAGUAGUAGACCUCAUCCUCUCUAGUUCAAAGCAAUGGAAAAAUGGUCUUCUUUCCAAAUAUUUUUGAGUCCAAUUAGCCAUCCACAUUCAAAAUGUCUAAUAAUAAAAGAGUCAAUGUAAACAUUUUCACAUCUUCCUUCAAGCCGCAGCUAAGGCUGCCUUACUCGUAGUGAAGGUGAUACCAAAAUUGUAAUUGAUGUUGAUAUCAGGCCCAUCUCGUGUUCAGACUGGUCCAUUCGAGCGCUCAUUUAAUGGUCUAGCCCACAAUUGGGA